AUGCCGCUCUAUGCCAAGUUCUUAAAAGAACUUAUGACAAGGAAAAGAAACUGGGGUGAGAAAGAAACUGUGGUACUUACUGAAGAGUGCAGUGCUAUAAUACAAAAGAAGCUCCCCCAGAAAUUGAAAGACCUUGGGAGUUUUCAAAUCCCAUGUAUCAUUGGGGAUAUGAACGUUGAGAAGGCAUUAUGUGACCUCGGAGCAAGCAUAAAUCUCAUUUCUUUGGCCAUGAUGAAAAGAAUGAGAAUAGAGGAAGCCAAGCCAACAAGAAUGGCACUUCAAUUGGCUGACAGAACGUUUAAAUUCCCCUAUGGUGUGGUGGAAGAUCUAUUGGUGAAAGUGGGAGAAUUCAUCUUCCCAGCUUAUUUUGUUGUGCUUGACGUGGAGGAAGAAGCCAGCACAUCUAUCAUCCUAGGAAGGCCAUUCCUAGCUACUGCUGGAGCUAUAAUUGAUGUUCAAAAAGAGGAGCUAGUCUUGAGAUUACAUGAAGAGAAGAUAGUUUUUAAUGUCUUCAAGGCAAUGAGCUGCCCCAAGGAAGUCAUUAGUGAAUGCAUGAUGCUGGAUACCAUUGAAAACUUGGUUCAAGGAUUCCUAGAGGAGGAACAAUGUGAAGAAACCUAA